CGGAAGGAUUCAGAUCUAUUUCAAAAUACACUGAUGUAUACACACACUCGAUGUUAACGAAUGUUGCAAUCAGUGUUUACAUGUACUGCUGUAUUAUACCAUACAAGUGACAUAUAUGUGACUAUUGUUUAACUGGAUAUUAAUUGCCUGUGGUUAUAAAGUUUGUGGAGAUGCAUAAAACGUCUUCGAGAAUACAGCACAAACCCCUCAACGACAUCGAGGGAUUUGACGAGUCGACACAUUAUGGAGUAUGUGGCUACGUCCUCGUGGCAAUGGCCAGCCUCAUUCUGAUUCUUUUCUUCCCGUUCUCUCUCAUAUGGAGUCUCAAGGUGGUACAGGAGUACGAACGUGCGGUGAUUUUCCGGCUAGGUCGCAUAAAGGGACGAAGAGCACAGGGACCAGGCCUGUUUUUCCUGAUGCCUUGUGUGGACACCUUCAUCAAGGUGGACCUGCGCACAUUUACAUUCAAUAUCCCACCACAGGAGAUUCUGACCAGAGACUCAGUGACUGUUGUGGUGGACGCUGUAAUCUACGCACGUAUUUACGAUGCCACCAUGGCAACGGUGAAUAUCAAGGACGCGCGUGGGUCAACGAACCUGCUAGGGGCGACAACUCUCAGAACGAUGCUGGGAACUGUCGGCCUCUCGGAAAUUUUGUCGGACAGAGAUAGAAUUGAUAGGGACAUGCAGAACACAUUAGACAAUGCAACACAUUACUGGGGAGUCAAAGUGGAGAGGGUUGAAAUCAAGGACGUACGGCUACCUAUUCAGAUGCAGCGCGCCAUGGCGGCGGAAGCUGAAGCCGGCAGGAUGGCCAGGGCAAAGGUGAUAUCCGCGGAAGGCGAGAUGAAGGCGGCCCGGAGUAUCAAGCAGGCCGCGGAUGUCCUCCAGGAAUCACCGGCAUCAAUUCAGCUCAGAUAUUUACAGACCCUUCACAGCAUAUCCGAAGAGCAGAACCACACAAUUGUUUUCCCUUUACCGGCGAGUUUAUUCCAAAACGCCCAGACUGCCUUACCGAGACUACUCGGAGCCGGGAUGCAGGAACAAAAGAUUGUCCAGGGAACCAAGGGUACCGAAAGUGCUGAACAACCGCUGGUGACGGUGAUGGACACUGAAGUUAACACCCCGUUUUAAUUCAAUAUUGCUUGUUUUUGAAGUUUCUCCGCCGGAUGCUUGCAAUACUUAUUUGUGCAGCUUUGCUUACGUGUAGCGAUCCACCGACCGGAUACACAUGGAAUAACGAUUGUAUUAAAGAACAACAGAUUUAUUUGUAUUGAACAUAUGUAUCAACUUAAAGUACAAAUACUUAAUGAUGUUAAAUGAAUCUUUAUAAACAUAUGUGUUUGAUGUAUACCACCCCGAUGGUAGAAUUUUCUUGAUAAUUAUUUGGGAAGAACGCUUAAAAAAAGAACUUGUCCCUUUAUGGAAAUUAUGUCAUACUGGUUUUCAAACGUUGUUUUUUCAAAUUUCAUUUAUGUAAAGGGACUGUUUAUCAUAGCCAUAAUAUAUAAAGGUGUCUAACUUUUGUAUGCAUGAUUUUAAAUUCUAGAAAUAAAUGAUAUUAUUGUUUUUGCGAAUAAAUUUUAGAAUAAU